UUGGUGAGGCCGAAGCGAUGGCUGAAGGAUUUUGCUGGAGUGAUCAAAUGCGUCACUGGUAGAAAUGCGUUGGACUACAACGGCUAUGGCUGCUGGUGCGGUAUGGGUGGCCAUGGCACCCCGGUAGACGCCAUCGACAGGUGCUGCCAGCAACACGAUCACUGCUACGACAUGCUUGCGAAGAAGGACUGCGCCAUCUACGUUACGCCAUACAACUGGAAUUGCGUCAACCACGAUAUCCGAUGCGCCGGUGAGUUACCAAACAACGUCUACAGCUCAUUGAACGAGAAAUUUAGAAACCACCACGCACAUGUGUUCAAUGGGACUGUGCCUCUGCGACACACAAGCCGCUCGUUGCUUCAAGAAGAACCGAUACCCGAGGAGAAAGCCACGUUGCAACAACUGAAGCCGUCCGUCAGGUGCGUUUCAACAUCCAUUCAACGCAAAAUAUUAAAUCCAUUUUUAAAUUUCCCUCUGCUAAACUGUACGAUGAUUUGUGGUGUCGUGUUCUCUGAUUUUCUGAGGAAUUGCAAGUGCAUGAUGGCUGUCUGUGUAAUCAGAACCAAUCGCUUUAAAAUUCAAAACUUAUGGCAUCAUUAACG